GCGGUAUCUUCUCGAUUAACUAAGCCCUGGGAGCUUGGAAACGUGAGUUUACGACGAUUUUAACUCAAAUACGAUACUUCCGCAAACAAAUUCAUUCGAUAGUAGUUUUGUGUCGACCAAUCAGAGACGUCGUAACAUGGCGUGCUAGUCCUAGCAAGAUGUACAAUGUAAGCGACCAAAGCGACUCAAACUUGACAAAAAUCGCCUGUGAAUGUUGUUUGUUGCACUAGAAUAACCCAAGAGCGUGACAUGUGUGCUGCCGGCCCCGCAGGGUGGAGCUUGGCUCCCGGGGGCGGCUGGAAGCGCUGAUGCGAUGAGUGGGUGAAGUGUGUGGAGCCAGCAUCAUGGCGGACUAUCAGCUGCUCGGCGGGGACAGCUACGGCCAGGGCAUGGAGGAAGGUGCGGGGGCCCUGGCUGGCUACGGGGCCUCGCAGGACCUGGUGUCGCCCCUGAUGGCGGCCAACCCGAUGGGCUCUGGCCAGGCCCAGAUGGGGGCCUACCCGCAGAUGCAGCCGGCCUACUCGCAGCAGCAGGGGGACGUGUCCCAGAAGAUGCACUACGGGGCCUAUGGUGCCGCCACGCACCUGACCCCCGAGUAUGGCAUGCGGACGCACGCUAUGGGAGAGGCGGCGCAGCAGUCUUCGAUGAUGACGGGCUAUGCGCAGCAGGCGCUGGUGGGGCAGCGUAUUCAGUCGGCCACCGACCAGUAUCCGUACGGGGCCAUGGGGGCCCCGCAGCGAACCCAGGACGUCUGGCGGGGCCACUACCUGAGCUCGGGGCCUGGCUACCAGCAGCACGGAGACGUCAUGAGCGCCCAGCAUGCCCUGGGGGCGGGACUAGCAGGCCAGCAACACCGGACAGCCCAGGGGCAGUACGCCGCCGGCCAGGAGUAUUCGAUGCACGCUCCCCAGCAACACGGCUCGCCCCAAAGACCCGCCUACGGCACCCAGGGCAACGGUCCGCACGUGGCGCAGAUGACGGCCAAGGCGACGACGCACCUGCCGGACCAAACCUUGGCGUCGUACCCCCAGACGACGUAUCCCUCGGCGCAGCCAGCUGCCAAUCGAGCCACCUACGGGACGGCGGGCAGUAUGAGCCACUCGGCCGUGAGUCAGAGCAUGCCCUCGCGAAGUCUCCAGCGGCCCGGUGGGUACCCCACGGGCAGCACCAGCCAGCCAGCCCUGCCUCAGGGAAGUCCCGCUCGCAUGCAGCAAUACCCCCAGUCGGCCUACUCUCCGGGGCACCCCUUCUCGGGGUCGGAUGCCACGAGUCCCUCGCACCUGUCGCCGUACCCUAGCCAGGCGCCCAACAGCCCGCAGUACCGAGGGUCGUACCCUUCGCCGCGACGACCCACACCCACGCCGCCGGCAGGCUCGCCCAGCGUCGUGACGAGCCAGCAAUCCUCGUCUCAAGGCAGCUACCCGAGCCCCGGGGCCACCCACCUCUCUAGUCCGGGACAGGUGCUUUCCCCUGGCAGCGGGGGCACGACUGCCACGGCCCCUGUGGCAACCAGCAGUCUCCAGCAACUGGAGCAGAUGGUGAUGCCCCACAUGGCCGCUGCAAAGACUCCUUCGGCUGCCACAAGCUCGACCAGCAGCUACUACGGUGGCACAGCGCCGCAGCAACAGACGCAGCCCUAUGUGCCGCAGCAGAACCUGGGCUAUCCCACCAUGGGCUCGGCGCAGCACCAUCCCUACCCGGGACCGUCUCCAAGUUUGAUGGCCAGGGCCCGACCUUUGGCUGGCUCGGCGGAUGCGGCGGCAUUUGGUGCAGGCGACGUGGGAGCUAUGGCGGGGGGACCCCCGAUGCCUACGCGAAGCGACUACCCCAUGGGCACUUCGGGGUCCCAGCGGACAGCGCCUAUGUCGCCGGUCGCGUCGUCGUACUCCUCCUACCCGACCCCACAGCCUGCUUCCUCUCUUGGCUACGAGCAGGCGCAACAGCAGCUGCAACACUUAUACAGCGUGCCGCAGACGGCACAGACGCAAAAGAGGAUAUCCGAACUGCAGGAUCGACUCCGUGUCCUACAACAGCAGCAACAGCAGCAGCAAUCUUCAACUCUGACGUCACCAUCAAAUGCAUCCUCAUCGCCAUCGGUAGCUGGACUUGGUGGCUCACUUGGGACCGGCCUAGGGGUCCUGGGGUCUCCCGCAGGCUCUUCUCUGGGAAGCUACCAGUCACAGUAUCCGCAGGGGACCAACGCAUCAGCAGGAGUUGCUUCCUCGGCAGUUCCGUACUCACAACCACGGCAACAGAUGACAAUUGCCACUUCGCAACAGCCCCAGCAGCUCCCUCCACAGCAGCAGGCACAUCCCCAGCUCCCACCAUAUGGCCCACAAGCUCAGCAGCAGCUUCUGCAGAACUCCCAACUUCAGCCGGCACUCCAGCCGGCACUUCAGCAGUCGCAGCAGCAGCAGCAACAGCAGUCACAGCAGCAGUCGCAGCAACAAUCGCCGCAGCCGCAGUCACAGCAGCCGCAGCAGCAGCAACAGCAACAACAGCAGCAACAGCAACAACAGCAACAACAGCAGCAACAGCAGCAGCAGCAGCAACAACAACAGCAACAACCUCAACAACAGCAGCAGCAGCAAGGACAGGCAUCCGUGGGGAUGGUUGUCGCUUCUGGGGCUCCUACUUCGGUUCCACCGCCGAGCUCUAGCGUCUCGUCACUGUUUCCUAGCAUGGCAGACAGCUACCGUCCUCCCAGCCAACCACCACCACUGCCAGCAUCUUUGAUAUCUGACCAGGACAUUCAGAACUCCUUGCCUCCACUGCCUAUGGCGGGUGUCCCCAGCGUGGUGCCAGCUUCUGUGGAUGACCUGUGUCCCCUUGAGGGUCCAUUGGGUGCAUCUUUGGGGGGGGCACCCUACUCGUGCCCGAUGCCUCCCGAAGACCCGUACCUGUUGCCGCCUGACGACGUGCUGCCCCCUAUUGAGCCCAUGACCAAGCGCAAGCCCAGCCGGAGCAAGAAGAAGGCCAAGGCAGCUCAGUUGCCGGACAUGCCUCCGCUGGGCAUGGGGCCUGGGGAGGGCUUGGGGAUGCCCAGCACUGAUUACUCGAUGGCCCCGGACAGCCCUAGUAGCAUGCCCCUUCUGCUUCCCCAGCAGCCAGGCAUGGAGCCCCUGCCUGCACCGCCUCCCAAGAAGGCUAAGAAGCGCAAACCCAAGGAGCCUAAGGAGCCCAAGGAGGGUGAGGCCCCCAAGGAACCGAAGCCCAAGAAGCCUAAGAAGCCCAAGGCACCCAAGCCACCCAAGGAGCCGAAAGAGCCCAAGGAACCCAAGGAAGGCGGUGCCCCGCCACGCAGUCGCAAGAGCAAGGCCAAGAGCAAAGCUGGUGAGGCCAAGCCUCCUGCAGCUCCGGCUGUAGGGACGGCUGACGAGGGGGCCACUGACAAGGAGGCGGGAGGAGCGGAGGAGGGGACUGCGGCUCCCCUUGGCGGCCCAGAGGGACAGCCUGCGGAAGAUGCUUCUGGCGAUGUGAAGCCAGCCCAGCCCCCCGAAGAGUGCAAGACUCCCAAGAAGAAGUCCAAGGAGAAGAAGGAAAAGAAGGAGCCAAAAACACCCAAGGAGGCAACUCCCAAGACUCCCAAGGCUCCCAAGAAAAAGCUGCCCAGGCUGUCGUUAAAAUUCAGCAAGAAGAAGAAGCGUAAGCGCCUCGGUUCUUCGGACAAGUCAGACUUGGAGGCCACGCCCCCACCUUCUCCGGAGGACGGGGACGGCGUGCAGAAACGGCGCUCGUCGCGGAACACUCACCGCAAGAAGUACACGGACGAUAUUGAGCUGCAGCUGAGUGGGGACGAUGCUGCCCUGGACGUCUUGCAUGGCGGCAUUGCUCGCUCGGGGACAGACAACAGGAACGUGCAGGUGCUUGUGAACGUCGUCACAGAAGACACAAUGGUGGUCGAGAAGAUCUUGGCAUCGCGAAUGACCACACGGAAGUCAGAGGAAGAGGACGGGGAGCCGGUGGAGGCGGAAGAGUUCUUCGUCAAGUACAAGAACCUGUCGUACAUCCACUGCGACUGGAAGACCCUGGAAGAGUUGGAGAUGACGGACAAGCGGGUGCUGCAGAAAGUGAAGCGCUUCCGCCAGAAGAAGGACAACAUCAGCUCGAUCUUCGACUUCCUCGAAGACGAGCCUUUUAAUCCGGACUAUGUCGAGGUGGAUCGCAUCCUGGACAUCACCGAGACGGUGGAUCCCUUUGACGUCGACGAGCAGCUCAAGUUGCAGCCUCCAGGUGAAGUGAAGGAGGAAGAAAAACCUCUGAAGGAGGUUGAGGAUGCUUUGGAAGUGCCAGAGAAGGUGGAGUUGGAGAAGGCGGAGCCUGAGAUGUCGGAGCCGGAGAUGUCGGAGCCGGAGAAGGCAGAGCCAGAGAAGGCAGAGCCAGAGAUGUUAGAGCUGGAAAAGACAGAGCUGGAGAAGGAAAAGUUGGAGAAGGCAGAACCAGAGAAGGCAGAGCUGGAAAACCCAGAUGAAGGAGAGACGGAACCGGAAAAGGGCGAACCAGGAAAAGUGGAGGAAGAGAAAGCAGAAACAUUUGAGGAGAAAGAAGGGGCAGAAAGUGAAGAAGUGGUAACCAAAAAGGAAGAAGAGGAGGAAGCCAUGGAUAUCAGUAAAGAGGAGUCUGAAGCUAACGAAAUGGCGUCUCCAUUCAGCGACCAGCCAAAGGUCGAGGAGGUGGAACCAGACCAACCGGCGGAGAAAGUGGUCAAAAAGGAGCCCCCAGAAGACGCUGUAGCUGACAGUGUAAAGCCGGAGGAAGGAGACGAAAAGGUGGACCAAAAACCUGCCGAACUGUGCGUGGCACCAGUGGUACCCAAGGAGGAGGAGGAGAAAGCGACGCGGGUGUGCAUCAGGCACCGCCACUACUUGGUCAAGUGGCGGGGCCUCUCCUACGAGGAGAGCACCUGGGAGCUGGAGGAGGACGUGGACCCGCUCAAGAUCGAGCACUUCCUCCGCUUCAAGGACCCUCCGCCCAAGGAGAAGUGGAAGGUGAAAAAGCGGCCCAAGCCGUCCGAGUGGAAACAGAUCGACAAGUCUCCGGUGUACAAAGGUGGCAACACGCUGCGAGAGUAUCAGUUGGAAGGCCUCAGCUGGCUUACUUUCUGCUGGUACAACGGGCAAAACUGCAUACUCGCCGACGAGAUGGGCUUGGGUAAAACGAUCCAGUCGUUAACCUUCAUCAACGAGAUUGUCAAGUAUGGAAUCAACGGCCCCUUUUUGGUGAUUGCUCCGCUGUCCACGAUUGGCAACUGGCAGCGUGAGUUUGAGACAUGGACCGAUCUCAACGUGAUCACCUAUCACGGAUCGUCUGCGAGUCGUAACAUGAUUCAAGAGUAUGAAAUGUAUUACAAGGACGAAAAUGGCCAGCGCAACGCUGAUGUCUUCAAGUUCCAAGUGAUGAUCACGACAUUCGAGAUAGUGCUCAGUGACUGUUUGGAGCUGCAGGCACUGCCUUGGCGGGCCUGUGUCAUUGAUGAGGCCCAUCGGCUCAAAAACCGCAACUGCAAGCUCCUCGAAGGACUUCGCAUGCUCAAUCUCGAGCACAGCGUUCUGCUGACAGGAACUCCGCUGCAGAAUAAUGUGGAGGAACUGUUUAGCCUGCUGAAUUUUCUCGAGCCUAAUCGUUUCAGCUCUACAGAGACAUUUAUGGAAGAGUUUGGCGACCUCAAAACUGAAGGACAAGUUGACAAGCUCAAGGCGCUUUUGAAGCCUAUGAUGCUGCGGCGUUUGAAGGAGGACGUCGAAAAAAGUUUGGCUCCCAAGGAAGAGACCAUCGUUGAGGUGGAGCUGACGAACAUUCAAAAGAAGUACUACCGGGCCAUCUUGGAACGCAACUUUGCAUUCUUGACGAAAGGGGGCAUUGGCACAAACGUCCCGAAUCUCAUGAACACCAUGAUGGAACUGCGCAAGUGCUGCAUUCAUCCUUACCUAAUCAAAGGUGCCGAGGAGCAGAUCCUGCAAGAGUACCGGCUGCAGCAUGGGGAGUCUCUGGAGCUGGCCCUCAAUGCCCUGGUCCAGGCCUCGGGCAAGCUGGUCCUGCUGGAUAAGCUGCUUCCCCGGCUCAAGGACGGCGGCCACCGGGUGCUGGUCUUCUCACAGAUGGUGCGCUGCCUGGACCUGCUUGAGGACUACCUGGUCCACAAGAGGUACCCGUACGAACGAAUUGAUGGCCGAGUUCGGGGAAACCUGCGCCAGGCAGCUAUUGACAGAUUCUGCAAGCCAGACUCGGACAGGUUUGUGUUCCUCCUGUGCACCCGGGCAGGAGGCUUGGGCAUCAACCUCACUGCCGCUGACACUGUCGUCAUCUUCGACUCUGACUGGAAUCCACAAAACGAUCUACAGGCACAAGCUCGCUGCCACCGGAUAGGUCAGUCAAAGGCGGUCAAGGUGUAUCGCCUCAUCUGCCGCAACACCUACGAGCGGGAGAUGUUUGACAAGGCUAGCCUCAAGCUAGGUUUGGAUCGGGCUGUCCUGCAGUCUCUGAAUGCACAGAAGGAGAAUGUUGGCAUGAAUCAACAGUUAACGAAGCAAGAGAUUGAAGAUCUGCUUCGCAAGGGAGCCUACGGGGCCAUCAUGGAUGACGACGCAGAUGGAGAGAGUUUUUGUGAAGAAGACAUUGACCAGAUUUUGCAACGGCGCACACACACCAUCCAAAUUGAGUCCGAAGGGAAAGGGUCCACUUUCUCUAAAGCAUCCUUCACGGCCUCCUCUACUCGCAGCGACAUUGAAAUUGAUGACCCUGACUUCUGGGAGAAGUGGGCCAAGAAGGCCAACCUGGAUGUGGAUGAACUCAAGGGCAGGAAUGAGCUGAUCCUUCAGGAACCAAGGCGACGCACUCAGACAAAGCGAUUUGGAACAGACGACAACAUGCUUGAUCUCUCGGAGCUCGAGUCGAGCGACGAGGACGACGAGUCUGGGAUGCGCACCCGAGGCAGCCGCCGAUCGCGCCACCGAGACUCUCCCCUGGUGGGAGGCCGCCAUCGGCGUGGGGGCCGUUCCGGCCGGGGCUUUUCCGAAGACGAGUUUUUGGGUGACAUUGCUCCCGGCAACUGGACUCGUACCGAGUGCUUCCAGGUUGAGAAGGGUCUGCUCACCUUUGGGUGGGGACGGUGGGAGGAGAGCAUAGCCAUCGGGCUUUGGCGACGCCGAGUGUCUGCAAAAGAUGUGGAGGAGAUAUCCAGAGUCGUGCUGCUCUACUGCCUACGUCACUACAAGGGGGACGAGAAGAUCAAGGGUUUCAUCUGGGACCUGAUUGCACCCACCGAAGAUGGAGAGACCAAGAUUCACAAGAACCAUUCUGGUUUGUCUGCGCCGGUGCCUCGGGGUCGCAAGGGCAAGAAACUAAAGAAUGGCAAGGGCGAGCCCGAUUCACCUGACAUGCUGGCUGACUGGGCUCGUGAGGACCAGUACAACCCGGAUGUCCUGCUCUGCGACGACGGCUACCGCAAACACCUGCACCGGCACGCCAACAAGGUCCUCUUGAGAGUGCGCCUCCUCUACUACCUUAAGCACGAGAUCAUUGGUGAACUGCACCAGCAAGUCUUUGCAGGAAUGCCAGCCAGGGACAUUCCCAUCCCCCCACCGACGGCUGAUGGGGAGCCUCCCUGUCCCUGGUGGGAUGAAGAGGCCGACAAGUCCCUCCUCAUUGGCGUCUACAAGCACGGCUAUGAGCGGUUCAAUCUGAUGCGACAGGACCACACACUGUGCUUCCUUUCCCGUUGUGGUCCUCCUGACGGGGCGGCACUUCUUGCCGAGAUGACCGCGAAUCCCGAGGACCUGGAAGAUAAGCGAGAGGAAGGCAAGAAAGACCCAGAUGAAGAGGAACCUGUGUCUCCGGAGCCCUCGACCUCGUCGGAGCCCAAACCGCCCUCAGAGCCGUCUGAGCAGCCCGUGGCUGUCGAGGUGCCCCAGGCAACCGCACCUCCCGCUCUCCAGGUGCCAGGUGAGAUGGGCACCCUGGAAUUUCCGUCCCCCUCGGACUUGAACACACGCCUUCGCCGCAUCAUCACCAUGUACCAAAGGAAUCACAAGAAGCGGGAGCUGAUCAACGCUCAGCGAGCCAGGAAUGCAGCCUAUCAGAUUUUAACCACUAUUCAGGUGGAGGGUUUUAACUUUGUAAAUAGAAUGGAACGGAGGGAGAAAUUUGAAGCUGCCAUCCGUGAAAGAGAGAUUCGUAGACUGGAGACUCAACAAAGGUGGUCACGGAGAGAAGAGGCGGAGUUUUACCGAGCGGUGUCCUGCUACGGCGUGGACUAUCGUAGCCAGGAGCAACGUUUUGUCUGGGACGGCUUCCGUACGGUGGGACGGCUGGAGCGCAAACGGGACGACACCCUGACGGAGUACUUCCGCUCCUUCCGUGCCAUGUGCCGCCGCGUGUGUGGCCGCAAGCUGGGCGAGGAGGACGACAACCUGCAGUAUGUGGUGGAGCCCAUCUCGGAAGAGCGUGCCACACGCUGCCUGCAACGCAUCGAACUGCUCAGCAAGAUUCGAGAGGAGGUGUUGCCGCACCCGGAACUGGAAGAGCGACUCAAGCUGUGCCAGCCGUCCAUGGACCUGCCAGACUGGUGGAUCUGUGGCCGUCACGACAAAGACCUGCUCAUUGGCGCAGCCAAGUAUGGUCUCAGUCGCAUGGACUACCACCUACUCAACGAUGGUGAGCUUUCCUUCCGCGACGUCGUACGGGCGCAGGCUGCCGCGAAGCCACCUGUGGUUGUCAUCAGUCAUGGUCCUGUCCUUCCUGCUGCAGCACCUACAGGUGACUCUGGCUUGAUGACAGGCCUGAAAGUACCCAGUGAAGAAGGCAAGGAUGGACCCUUCAAGGAGCUCCCCCCUCUACCGCCGCCACUCGUUCCGCCCAAGGACGAAGGUUGUACCGUUGCUCUUCCUGAGCCAACCAAGACAGAUUUGUGCGACAUGGAGAAGGCUGUCACGCAGGAGAACGAAGAGCCUCCAGAGAGGAAGUGUGAAGCAGAGACCGACGUUCCGAGCGUGGACAAAGAGGCUUUUGAAGCCAAAGAGAAAGCCAACGCAGGGGAGUACUCCCAAGAGAGCGGGAAGGGGGAAGACUCUGCGAUGGAGCUUGACGGGGAGGGGGACAAAAAGGAUGCCGCCCCCGAAACCCCUGCUGAAGAAACGCAAACAGCUCCGGACGAGCCCAUGGAAGAAAGCACAGAAAAGGACAAAGAGGAAGAGAGAAUGGAAGAGGACGAGCCGGCCACAAAGGAGCCAGCCGCCAAAGAUCCAGAAGGGCUGGACGAGGACACCACCUGCCCCGCCGAGAAAGAGGAAAGCUGUGUCGAGGGCUCCUCCGUGCCUUCGGAAGAAACAGAUGUCCAGGAGCCCACAGAAACUGCCGACUCCUUCGGCAAAGAGCCGGACAAAGUGGAAGGACUAACUGGGUUUGAGAGCACGCCAAAGACUGAUCAGGAAGUUAAAAAUGAAGAGCCGUGCAAUGCGGACAAGGCGGUGCCAGUUGCAGCUCCCGAGGUGGUGGCUGAGCCCCUCCCCCUUCCACCACCAGUCAUCGAAGACGACAACUCAAAAACUGACGUGGAAAAAACGGAUACGGAGCAGGAGCCAGGCGAGCUGGCUCCAGGUGGAAUCAAAACCAUAAUUGGAUUUCCUCCGUUUCGUGUUCUCACACCGCAACUGGCUGAAGAAUCUCAGGAAACCAACUCGCAACAAGAUGAAGUGCUAAGCCAAGAGAGCUUUAACCUGGAAGGAGAUGGCGGGACUGAGCCCGCUCUAGUCCACUUCCUGACGCAUUCCACCCGUAAUCCUGUCCGUUGGCCCAAGGACAAGGUGCUGCAGAUUCGGCUGGAAUAUGUGGUGCACGCGGUGGAGAAGAAGGAGUGGCCUGUGCCCCGGCAAUGCAUCGCCAUGCUGCCGGCAACUCCCACCGAGUCUCCCUCCUCUCCUGUGGUGUCCUCAGCGGCCUCUGGCUCCGAACUGACUCCCCACGCCACUCCCGAACACACCCCUGCCAUGGUGGUGAGGGAGCAGCACCCACCCCCUCCACCACCACUGCCUCCCCCGGUCCUGGUCCCCGACAUGUCUUCGCGACUGUCUCCGGCCGCAGUGGCGCCCAGCGUGCCUUCCCCGGUCACCAUAGUGCCGGUCCCCACGGCACCCCCGGUGGAACCUGUGGCGGCAGCUGUUCCCGCUGGCCGCCACAGCCCCGUCCCCCCUAUUCCAAACGAAGACUUGCUCAGAGGUACAAGGCGGAGAAGAAGGAGACGAAGGUUCGAAAUAGAGGCGGAACGAGCCAAACUACGGGCCCUCCUGUCCCACAACUUGCAACAGCAGCAACUGAAGCAACUCCAGCAGUUCCUGGCUCCUGCCCCGCCGCCCAGCAGCCUCCCGGGAAGCACGAGUGCGCAGGCCCCGCCGCCGCCGCCGCCGCCACCGGCGCAGAGCCCCACGGUGGCCCCUGCGGCGUCCCCGCAGGCGGCCCACCGGGAGGAGCCGGCCAAGGGGGCGUCGCCCACAGCCCCGCCCCCUCCGGCCCACCAGGGCUCGUCAGCGCGGCCGCCCAGCUCUUUGGGCAUGCUAGACCUGCGGGUGAAGGCGUCGGCCCCGACCCCACCCCCGGCCAAGGGCACGGCCGAGGAGCCGCCCAUGGACCUGAGCUCGGGCUCUGCGCCCACGUCGCACCUGUGCGCUGCGGCCACCAUGGUGCCCUCGGUGCGAUCAGCCCUGCUCAACGGGGCCGUGGCCGGGCGUGGGGGCACACGGGGCCGCCGCUCGGGGGGUAGCCGCAUCGACGCGCUGGCCCUGAACCUGCAGGCGCGCAAGCAGCAGCAGCUGCGCGAGGAGCACAGGCAGCCUGGCUCGAGCGCGGACGAGCGCGAGGACUCUGACGCCUCGUCGACGACGUCUGCCACGGCGCCGCCUCCCCCUGCGCCCAUGGCCCUGCCCAUGUCGGGUGGGAGACUGCACGUGGACGAGAAGGAGCUUGAGAGACUGCUCGCCAGGAAGAGCCGCCACGAGGAACCUCCCAAGUCGCACAAGAGCCCCGCGGUGCCCCUGUCCCUGUCGUCGAUGUUGUCGUCGGGCGUGCUCUCGCACGGACCAGACGGCCGGCAGGGGCGGGGCAGGCGGUCGAGCCGCUCCCUCUGGGACCCCUCGGAGGGCGGGGCUUCCUUGUGCGGCCCGGACAUCCCAAACCUGAGCAGCGUGGCCACGAGCCUCCCCAACGCGAACAAGGGCAUGGAUUCUCGCGGCGGCACUUCGUCGUCUUCCUCGUCGGCACUGCAGCAGCAGGCAGCCGAGCAGGCCACGGCGGCAGCCAACAUGCAUCAGGACUUGAAGCGCUGGCUCGACGACCACCCGGAGUUGAUGGCCAGCCACCCGAGCCUGACAGCGGCUGCGGCAGCCAUGGCCUUCUCGCCUAUGCCUUCCCUAUCGAGCCACCAACUGGAGUUGCUCGAGUUGCCCGAGUCAAGGCGAAGGGGCAGGAGACCUCGGUUGGACCCCAGCAAGCUGGAUCCGCACCGCCUCACCGGAGAUGAGAAUGUCUCCGUGAUCAAUCGGCUCACCGGGAAGAAGAUCACGGGAAGCAAGGCACCUCCUCUGAAGCACCUUGCCGAGUGGCUGGAGAAAAACCCCAUGUUCGACGUGGAUCCCAAGUGGUCCCAGCUCGUCAAGGAAAGGAGGUGGUUGCAGCAUUCGAGGCAAAGUGAGGAAGCUAAAAACCAAAUGUCUCAGCAGUCCUCUGCAAGGCGCAAACGUGGUCAUCUCCCGGAAGCCCCGAAGGAGCGCGUGACGACGCCCGACAGCAAGCGCGGCAGGAGGACGGCCGCGUCCCUCUUGUCGAGCUUGCACCAGUCGGGCCUCGGGGGGACGUCCUCCGGAGCGGCGGCAAACCUCGGGUUUCCCUCCACCUCCGCCCUGAACCCUCUGAGCUUCACCAGCGGCAUGCUGGGCAACUUCCCGGGCCUGAAAUUCUUCAUGGACCCAGGCAAGGGGGCGAGCGUGACGUCCCCGUCGCCCUCGAGCUCGUCGACGACGCCGCCCUUGUUCCUGCCCUUCGGGGGCCUCGCGGGCAUGGGCCUGGCCAACCCGCUGUUCAGCUUCCCCGGCCUGGGCUUCCAGGGCCUGCAGGGCCCCUUCGACGAGGCCAAGGACGGCAAGGCCAAGGACGGGGACCGCGCCACACCCUCGGCGCUGCCCAAGGGCUCGGAGCGCCACUCCAAGAGCCCCUCGAGCACCCUGCCCACCUCGUCGGCCAGCCUGGCCUCCACCUCGUUCCCCUUCCUCUACCCGUCGGGGCUGCUCUACAACCCGCUGGGCCUGGGCGGCUUCUCGCUGCCCACCAACAUGUCCGCCUCGUUCGCCUCCCUGGCCCAGGCGGGCCUGGUCAAUGGCCUCGGGGGCCUGGGCGCGGCGGGAGUGCUCUCGUCGGCCAGCGCCGUCGCCUCGGCCGGCAAGGCGUGCUCGUCGCUCGCCUCGUCCAAGCGGGGCGGGCCUUCGGUGACCUCUGUGCUCGGGGCGGGCCUGCGCAGCAGCGUGCUGCCACCCCCGCAGCAGCAGGCGCCGCCCCAGCAGCAGCCGCCCCCCCAGCCCCCUCAGCCGCCCCCCCAGCCGGCCAAACGUGCCACCUCGGCUCCGGUGCCCCCGCCGUCCCUCGACUCGGACGACGAGAGCCUCAUGGGCAACGACCUGGACGACCUGGACGACCUGGACGACGGCAAGGUGACGGACGACCGGGACAACACGGAAGAUGAGCUGGACGACCCUGCGGACCUCGGGAAGGAGGACCCGGACGACAAGCCCCUGUCGUAGCCCACCUCCGACAGACUACAGCAGCGGCCCCGCACGAGCCUCCUUUAGACAAUACUCCCUAGAGGGUCACUGUUCUUCCCCGGCUGGUUCCCUCUCCCUUUUAUUUAUAGCACCACUACUUGGCUCUCAGUCUGGUUUGUAUUUAGUUCAGCCCUAAUACUUCUGUAGUAGACGCACACCUACGUGCAUUUUAACUUCCUUCAGUUUCCCCCACUUUUCUGACUUUUUCCACGGACAUUUUAGACUUUUUUGACCAUUUGCAUUUCCGAAGGUACAGGUGCGUGAACCAACCAUUCCUCACGCAUCUUCUUUUUUUUCUUUUUUUUUUUGUGUGUGUGUUUGUGUGUGAGUGCGCAUGCUCAUUUAGCAUUUGCUUUCUAUGUCUACGGGUUUGUAUACAAGACAGGCGGAUGAACAAUUUGGGUUUUUUUUACCCUCGGUCCCAGUUCCCCUUUGCCAUAUUCUUUUUUUUUUUUUUUUCUGGCAACCUUAUGUGUUACAAUCUUUGGGAACGAAGAGUAUUACAAUUGCCGACAGUUUUGUCUCCUUGCGUUCUAUCCAUGUAAUGCAGUUCGCAAGUUCUCCUUUCCGAGCGGGUCGACGUAAAAUGGCGGACCUUUCUGGACGUGCGUGUAGCCGACACGUGCCCACCCCGAGUCCCAUCACUUAACAUUUCUUACGAGCGAGACAUUCCUGAAAGCUUUGCGGUGUUGUCGUUUUUCUGCCCCCGUGUGUUUGUCAGGUUGUGCUUGUCUGGAAACUGGAACAGCCCCAUUCCCUUCCUCCUCCCUCCUCUUUUGUGUUAAAGCUCUUUAAUGCACGUGUUUACAAAACAGCGAAACAAAGGCGCAUUACGUGAGCAAAGGGCAACACAAAUCGUUUCUGCUAUUGCGCCGCUGUCUUUCGGGAAGCUUGUAAAUAGUCUAUAAAGCUUUGUUUUCUUUUCUUGUGCGUGAAUGUCUGUACGAGUGUGAGAAGUCCCCCAAAUCUCGCAGCUUAUUUAUUUUUUACUCCAUUUUGAAGGUCAUGGGAGUGCAGGCCACAUUUUUUGGGGUCAGUGUCGUAUUGGUGCACUUUGUUUCUGCCCCUUCCUCCCCACCAGCUUUGUGUUUACCUAAAGUUGUAAUGCAACAUCAAAGAUACACCUCAUAGUCUUGUUUUGUUUUUUUAGUUUCUUGGUCCCUUUGGAAUGCACCUGCAGUGCUGAAGAGUAGUGCAUUCUUGGCAUUUUGGCUUGCGUGCUGGCGGCCAACAUGUUGAGAAAUAUGGUGGAAAGCGAUGCCCUGCAUUGUUGUGGGUGGGAGGAUUUUCUUGAGACAAGUUGUGGUGUUGUACAAAGGACUUGCGGUUGUGUACAGAAGACCUCCCUUUUCCCUUUUGCGCUGUGUGGUUUCGUUGGUCUGAUGGAAAGCAAGCAUGGUUUAGAUGCAGUAUGGUUUGUGAGCAGGCUGCCUGAAGACUGGCAUGGUAUUCAUUCAAAUGGAUGUGCGAUUAUGAAUUUUCUAAGGCUUAUUAAGCUGCUUUUUUUUUUUUCUGUUAUAUUUUUCUAAUUUCUUUUUGAUGUUGUGCAGAGCAGUUUUUAAAGUGGGAAGCAUUGUCUUGUCACUUGUUCAGAGAUGAUGGAGCAUUUGUGCAUAGUUUUGGAGGUGGUGUAAAGACUGUACUUCUCUAACUAUGUUUUGUUUUCUGCGACAGCCUGUUAUGGGGUUGCCCUACUCCAUUGCAUGUUCCUUUCGGUACUUGACCAUUAUUUUGUACUCUUCUUUUUGUCUCUAUUAGUGUAGCACUUUCCCAGCAGCUUGCUCAUAAUUUUCUUCCUUCCUCCCUAGUGCCUUUGUUCAACACUUCCUUAUGGCUUUAUUAUCCUGCAUCUUUUGGAAUUAAAGUUUACUAGAGUUCUUCAUGCGUGGUCAAGUAUCUGAAAGCGAAAACAAAAUCGAUAUGCAAUGCCUACGAGUUCUUGCUCCUUGUAUUUGUACGUGUACAUUUUAUUUAUUUGCUGCCUUACUGUCUGUUUUUGUUUAUGAUGUCACAUUACACGAUGAAGUGUACAAGCAGUGUGCAGCGCUUGAACAUCAUGUUUAGAAAUGGAGUAAGGUAGUUGUGUGCGCAGAGAAUGUUGUCCCACUUCCCCUGUAUCUUUUCAUUCUUUAUAUAAUUUUUUUUUUAUUUUUUUUUAGUCAGCGUUAGAGGUAGCUAUCUCAGAAGGCGGGCACGGAGAAGUCUACAAGAGUCGUGCCUUCUGUGUCGAAAAGAAGAAACCCUGUACAUGCGGUGUUGGCGGAAACAAAACAAAACAAAAAAAAAAAAGCAGCGUUGGACUUUUUCUGACACCAACCAUGUCAUAGUGAAUGAGUGAUGCAACCUUUCAUAUAGUGUUUGUACAAGUGUAUGAAAUUAAAUCUUGAAAGUGAAGACAA